UUAGCAAGCUUCGCCUCCACUCUUGCAUCUGAAAGCAGGAGAGAAGCAAGGACUUCCUGUGUGAUCUCGUUCAGCUGACUACAGCCUAGCUUCCUCUCCGGGAGCUUUCUGCUUCUGCAGACCGGGGACGAGGAAGGUUUGUGAGGUUUGCUGCAAAACUCCGAGAGCCGCUCGGGACCUCCGUGCACCAGAAGUAAUAGAAGCAACCAUAAAUGCGGAUCGUUCACAGCAGCGGGUCAAGCUUUUCCUGUUUCCCUGCCUCCCAGCGACUCCGCGCGCCUGCCUCGGCUCAGCAGCCCUGCCGCAGAUAGCCUCGGUGGAGCGGGGCUGAUGGCCGUGGAGCUCCUACCGGCCUUCACCAUCACCACAGUCACCCGUCUGAGUGCCCGGUAGAGAAUUACGGUCUAAAAUUUCGCCUUUCAGUCGGCUGUAGUGCCGCAGGAAGCUCGAGGGGGAAGUAGCGGCAGAACGAGGCGCAGCAUCGCACCGUGCAUGGUGCUGCGGUUUGGGGGCGAGUGGAUGCGCAGACGGAGCUGACCCAGAGAUGGCUGUUCUGAAACUGGCCGACCAGCCUCCUCUUAUCCAGGCGAUCUUCAGCGGAGACCCUGAAGAGAUACGAAUGCUUAUAUACAAAUCUGAAGACAUCAAUGCCCUGGAUCCAGAGAAACGCACCCCGCUGCAUGCAGCAGCAUUCCUGGGAGAUGCAGAGAUCAUCGAGCUCCUCAUCCUCUCAGGGGCCAGAGUCAAUGCCAAAGAUAACAUGUGGCUUACUCCUCUGCAUCGCGCUGUGGCAUCCCGCAGUGAGGACGCUGUGCGGGUUCUGAUCCGACACUCCGCAGACGUCAACGCGCGGGACAAGAACUGGCAGACGCCGCUGCACGUCGCCGCCGCCAACAACGCCCUGAGGUGCGCCGAGGUCAUCAUCCCUCUGCUGAGCAGCGUGAACGUGUCGGACCGCGGCGGGCGGACCGCGCUGCACCACGCCGCCCUCAACGGCCACACAGAGAUGGUGAACCUUCUGCUUGCUAAAGGAGCGAACAUCAACGCCUUCGACAAGAAGGACGGCCGAGCGCUGCAUUGGGCCGCUUUCAUGGGUCAUUUGGAAGUAGUGCGUCAGCUGGUGAGUCAGGGUGCAGAGAUCAGCUGUAAGGACAAGCGGGGGUACACGCCUCUUCACGCUGCAGCGUCCAGCGGACAGCUGGCCGUGGUCAAGCAUCUGCUCAACCUGGCUGUAGAGAUUGACGAGGCCAACGCCUUCGGCAACACGGCGCUCCACAUCGCCUGUUUCAACGGCCAGGACGCCGUCGUCAGUGAGCUGAUCGACUACGGCGCCAACGUCAGCCAGCCCAACAACAAAGGCUUCACCCCGCUGCACUUCGCUGCUGCCUCCACACACGGAGCACUCUGUCUGGAGUUCCUGGUCAACAACGGGGCUGAUGUUAAUGUGCAGAGCCGAGAUGGGAAGAGUCCUCUUCACAUGACAGCGGUUCAUGGUCGUUUUACCCGCUCACAGACACUCAUCCAGAACGGUGGAGAGAUCGACAGUGUGGACAAGGACGGCAACACCCCGCUUCACGUUGCCGCCCGCUACGGCCACGAACUCCUCAUAAACACGCUCAUCACUAGUGGAGCGGACUGCACAAGACGAGGAGUCCAUGGGAUGUUUCCUCUCCACCUGGCGGCCUUGAACGCCCACUCCGACUGCUGCAGGAAGCUGCUGUCCUCAGGCUUCCAGAUAGACACCCCGGACAGCCUCGGAAGAACGUGCCUGCACGCUGCCGCUGCUGGAGGUAAUGUGGACUGUGUCAAACUGCUGCUGAGCAGUGGGGGGGAACACAACCGCAGAGACAAAUGUGGCAGGACUCCGCUUCAUUAUGCAGCAGCCAGCCGUCACUUUCAGUGUCUGGAGACCCUGGUAGCUUGUGGCAUUGAUAUUAAUGCGACCGACCAGUGGGGGCGCUCUGCCCUGCACUAUGCUGCUGCCUCAGACCUGGACAGAAGGCGGCGUGUUGCCCUGGAGCCAGAGAGCCAGGGAGUGCAGGCGGAGAGGGAGAAGGAGGCUGCGCUAUGUUUGGAGUUCCUGCUGCAGAGCGGAGCGACGGCCUCGGUCAAAGACAAACAGGGCUACAGUCCUGUCCAUUACGCUGCCGCCUUCGGACACAGGCACUGUCUGGAACUGCUGCUGAACAGAGAUGAUGGACCUCAAGAAGAUCCUGAGUCUCCUCAUGCCAGGAGCCCUCUGCACCUCGCUGCAUACCACGGCCAUGCCCAGGCUCUGGAGGUCCUUCUGCAGGGGGAAAGGGAGGUGGACCAGGCAGACGAGGCGGGACGGACCCCUCUGGCCCUGGCCGCCCUCCGGGGCCACACCGACUGCGUUCACACACUCCUCAGCCAGGGGGCAUCGCCACACUCUAGUGACCAGCAGUACGGCCGUUCACCUGUUCACCUGGCAGUGAUGAAUGGCCAUACGACGUGUGUGCGCCUCCUGCUGGAUGAAUCGGACGGUGCGGAGCUCAUUGAUGCCGCUGACUCUCAGGGACAGACUCCUCUGAUGCUGGCGGUGGCUGGAGGUCACGUCGACGCCGUGUCGCUGCUGCUGGAGCGGGAAGCCAACGUCAACAUGGCUGACAGCCACGGCCUCACAGCCCUCCACCUCGGGCUGCUGUGUGGUCAGGAGGAGUGCAUCCAGUGUCUGCUGGAGCAAGAGGCCUCAGUGUUGCUAGGAGACUCUCGGGGUCGCACCGCCAUCCACCUGGCCGCCGCCCGAGGCCACGCCUCCUGGCUGAGCGAGCUUCUGAGCAUCGCCUGCUCAGAGUCGCCCUCUCUGCCCCCACUAAGAGACCACGGCGGGUACACACCUCUGCACUGGGCCUGUUACUACGGCCAUGAAGGGUGUGUGGAGGUUCUGCUGGAGCAGAAAGGCUGCCGAUGCAUCGACGGCAAUCCGUUCACUCCUCUGCACUGUGCGGUGUUGAACGAUCAUGAGCCGUGUGCAUCACUGCUGCUGGAGGCCAUGGGGUCGGACAUCGCUGGCUGCAGUGAUGCCAAGGGCAGGACUCCUCUCCACGCCGCGGCGUUCAGCGGCCACGUAGACUGCAUCCAGCUGCUCCUUUCCCAUGAUGCACCUGUGGACACCGCAGACCAGUCAGGCCGCACUGCACUCAUGAUGGCAGCUGAGAAGGGCCGGGCCAGAGCUCUUGACUUGCUGUUGACCAGCGCUAACGCCAACCUCAGUCUAACAGACAAAGAUGGCAACACCGCCCUGCAUCUGGCUUGCAGUAAUGGGAAAGAAGACUGUGUGAUGUUGAUCACGGAGAAGAUGUCUGACUCUUCACUCAUAAAUGCCACAAAUGCUGCGCUGCAAACUCCGCUCCACCUGGCCGCCCGCAGCGGCCUGAAGAAGGCGGUCCGGGAUCUGCUGUCCAGAGGAGCCAACGUCCAGACGGCCGACGAGAACGGUCUGACCCCUGCUCUGGCUUGUGCUCCUAGCAGAGAGGUGGCUGACUGUCUGGCUCUCAUUCUGGCUACCAUGAUGCCUUUCUGCUCCCCUUGCAGCUCUGGAGCUCCCUCCCCAGGCUCCCUGCUGAGGCAGCUGCCCCACCAGGGGGGUAAAGGCGCGGCCGCCGGCCCUCGGGGACCCCGCAGCCCCAGGAACCCCUCGGGACCUUCCAGCGAGGGAACCACUGAGAACGACUCUGAGGACUCUGAAACGUUUUGAAGAUUCUUACCUCGGGCCUGGUCACCCGGACUCCUCAGCAGAACGGCGCUCCUGCCAAGCAGAGCGGGACGUUGGUCAGCAUGGAGCUCCAAGGGAUUCAGUGUUACGGAAAAAAGCAAAUUUACAAUCAUCAUUUACAGAUAUUACAAAAAAAUAUAUAUAAAAUAAUAAUCUCAGAAAAUUAUUUCUAAUUUAUUCUUUAAAUAAUUUAUAUUUUCAUUAGCGUUUUUUUUUUUGGUCUUUUUUUUAAUGAAUCAUACUUGUCUGAUUCUAUUAGAAACUAAAAUUUGUUUUAAAUAUUUUUUUUCUAACAACCAGGUUUUGUUUAGCUGCGAUGCGUUCUUGGGAUUUUGUGAGAAACAUGACAAACUUUUCACGCCUCAUGAGCAAGUCAAAUCAAAAUCUCACUUUCAAGUUUUAGAUUAUUAAAAGAAAAAAAAAAAUCUAUAGUUUAUAAAAAAUAAUGAGGAGUCUCUAAAUCUGCUUGGAACAGGUUCCUGAUUGGUCUUUGCUCCAUUAGCUGUGUUUCCACUGUAGGACACGCUUUCAGUUCCUCCUUGGUUAAAAAUCAGAACCUUUUAGUUUUAUCCACUUGGUGUCUAAACAGGACGCCAGGAUGGGAGAAAUUAAUUUAAAAUCCCUCUGCAGUUUUACAGUUCUACACUGACUUUCCUUAGCUUUGAAACUGUAAGCGCUAUGAAAAAAUCUGAAAUCAAUGCUGCAUUAGUCAGUUUUUUUUUUUUUUCUUGGUUUGAUUCUGGGCAAUAAAUGAAUAACAAUAUAUAUCGCGAUAGACACUUGAUCAAUAUAAAUAUUCAAUACCUCCAGUAGAAUUUUCAAACCUUUCACUGAGCUCCGAUUCAGAACCGAGCAGCAUUCUGGGGGUUGUAGGCAGAGGAAAAGCAUUAGCCGACCAGCUAAGCACAGUUGGUGAUAUCAACAAACUCACUUACUCUUUGGUUACCUAGCACCAACCUAUUAAGUAACUUGCACAGCAACAGUUUCAUCUUUCACCACUGUGUCUCACUGCUUACUGCUUAAAUAUAAGAAAAACAACAGUGUGCAUUGCAAAGAGAAAAAGCUGGAGAGGAAAUUGUGAAUAAAACCGGAAAGGUCAUGUCACCGUGACCUUUUGUCUUUUUUUUUUAAGACAAAAAAAACGAAUCAAUAAUUAUUGAUAUUGAUUGAUAUGAAACCCAUGUAUUGUGUCACAUCUAUCUGUCCUACAGUGGAAACACAAACAGCCAACAGAUGCAGUUUGGGAGCCGAUAGCUGAAACGCGCGUCAGUUUAAAAGCAAUAAGACGACUUGAUUAAUUUUUCUAAACAUUCAGACUUGACUGAAAUUAAUAUUGAGAAGUAGUAUUUUUUUUAGUUUUGGUCUUUUGUUAAACAGAUGACGUAGUGCAGCUGUUACACAGUGAACCCUUGGGGCUCCACAUCUUCACGUUGCGCCUGCGGACAGUUCUCCUCCUCUGACUCGGAGCAGGACGUCCGGCGGCUCUUCUUCGUUUCUUCCCUGCACCGGUGCCUGCGGCCGGCCGGCCCGCUCAGCCCACGAACUAGGAGAGCUCCAUCUGGACCGGCCUCAGCGCCGGUCUGCACGCUUACACUGACUGACCCCGCAGUUGGUUCUUACACUCAUGGGUGCUUCAAUGUAAACUAACCUCGGUACUUAGCAUCUGCAUGGCAAAGCCAUGCCACUCUGAGACAAAGUUUCUUUUUUUUUCCCGUUUUUUUUCUUUUUUUAAAAAAGAAGCCAUUUUAACUGUUUGUACACAAUUAAGAUUAUUAAUUAUUAAGAAAUUCCAGUGUAGUUUUAAGUUUUUUAAAACUUGUACCAAAUAUUUGACUUCCAUGCAUAGAUAAUUACCAUGUACUGAAAGGUUACACGAGCAGGUACUUUUUGAAAUGCUUUACCAGCUUAAAAGCACAAGUUUGGAGUUGGCUGUGUGGUUUGAUGAAAUGUGAACCGUACAGCCUCAAUGAGAUGCUUGAUAGUUUAAUUUUCACCAGGAGAGAGAGAGAGAGAGAGAGAGAGAACGAACGGGUACAUCUCAGUUCCACCAACAUCAAAAAGCCACGCACAUCAUUGGCUGGAUUUAACCACAAAUGAAAGGUUUUACAAGGUACAAUAUAAACGUGUUACCAACUCUCACUCUUAUGGAGAGGAGCUCCAGGUUUUCCUGUUUCUCAUGCUGUCCAGUCUGAUCUUACUCCAAAUAAGUAAGUGCCUGUGUUCCUGCUCUGAUGGAGACUUUUAUUUUCUAGUUUAUUUUAGUCAAAUUCUUUGGCAGCUAACAAAAAUGCUAUUGUGUUACAUUAAACAACAUACUAGCUUCUUUGUUUGCCCAAAUGAAAUCCCAUCACACUCCACAUUUACUAAAAUAUGUUUUCUUUAACAGAGAAAGGUUUCUAUGUCACGCAGAACAAGCUAAUGGUAGCCAUUUUGUGAGCAUUGAUAACUGUUUUAAACAAAACAGUCUUAUUUAAACUGUCAGCUAUUAGUUUACAUAACAUUAGCCACUAGAUUUGCCCCAGCCAGAAGAUACCAGCCAUUUUGUUACACAAGCUAAUGCUAGCCAUAUUGUGAAAAUUGCUAAUAUUAUAGCCGUUGUAAAGAAAACACAUAAACUCCUCUUAGCUUGCAUAAUAUUAUCAACUCAAUUUGCCCCAGUGAAAAGAUGGGAGCCAUUUUGUUAAACAAUCUAAUAUAUUAAUGUGAAACCCCAUCGUGACAACCAAUGAUUUAAGGUCAUUUUCUUUAUGUAUAGUCUACUGCAAGGAAAUGUGAUUCAAUUUAAUAUUAAUAUGAGCUAGCAGCUAGCAGAAGAGCAGCCAGUUGUUGUUUAAUCUGGUUUUACAAUCUGUCAUAUUUCACAGGCGUCAGCUGGUCGGAACUGAAAUAAAUGAGAAAAGGGUGUAAUGUUGAGAUUUUAAAAAAUAUCCAACAGCAUUAAGACUAUGUGGGAUUUGAACGUAUUGUUGCUAUCUUAACAAAAUCAUUAAAAAUACUUUCCAUAGAAGAACAUUGGUACAGCAGAGUUACGGGUAUAAAAAAGAUUCAGAAUGAAGAUACUAGACUUACCUAGUACCUUCACCUAGGUACUAUAUGAAGGUACUAGGUACCUAGAUGGGUAACUGGGGGGGAACCGCCAGACAAACAAAAUAACAAUGAUUUGCAUAGAAUACCAGCUUCCCUUAUUUUUAAAUGCCGGUAUGGGCAUUGGCCUUAGAAAACCCCAGAUUGGUUCCGAUGAUGUGUGGAAUGAUUGGUUGAGGGAACAGGGGUGUACCCGUCGAUGGAACGCAGUAUUUGUGCAGAUGUGGACGAAUUAUGAGAUAAUCACGUACAUUAGUGCGUUUUGUCCCGCAGUCUUAAACGGCCUCCUGCACUUUGACCUCUCCAUGUGAACCACUCGGUUGUGCUCGUUUGCACACUUUACAAUUCAGAGUAGCACGGUUUCCAGAUUCCCAGAAAAAGACCAAAAGUCUCCUGUGGUGAAAAUGUCUUCUUAGCUCAGUUCUUUGUGCUAUUUAUUAACUUCAUCAUGAUGGUACAAAUACUGCCAGCACUUAAAUGUAAAGUUACACAGGGCCUUGACCACUCCCCCCUCCUCCCUCUUUCCUCACCCCCAUUUGUCUGCAUACCAGCAACGUGCCAUCGUCUCUAACGUGUCCAGUGCCUUGAUGUUGAUUCACUUUGUUCGUUUUAUAAUAUUUUCUAUUUGUAAAUUCCGGAAAUGUUUUCUUUUGUUUUGUUUUAUUAAAGGAUAAGUUCACCAAAAGCUCCAAAUAACUUGUAUGUUAAUAAAAUUCACUUGAAUACUUGAAGAUUCUCUCGCCUCGGGUUUACUGCUUUGACAUUUUGUUGGUCCUCCUCCGUAAAUCGAAGUCACCCAACGGAAAACUUCACGAUUUUAAAAAUAAUCUGCCUGUUUCAAUCCGUAAAGAGAAUAUUCAAAAUGCCUUGAGAAGAGAUCGAGUUGCCAUGAGGAAAUCAAGUUAUGCUAUUUGUGUGAACUUAUCCUUUAAUAUGUGGAGACAUAGAUUUUACUUUGAAUGAGAAAGUGUUGUUCCCCCCCUUCCUGUCUGGAGAUUUUCCUUUGUUUAGAUUUACUGCCAACAUUUCUGAUGAAGAGACCAAAUUAAUGGAACAUGUUGAACCGUCUCCUCUGCUGUUGCUCCAAAUCAAAACCCACAUAUCUGUACUUAUAGGUCAUAAUAAACAAAGGAGUACCUCCAGGUUUUUCUUUAAAGUUGUGUGUGUGUGUGUGUGUGUGUGUGUGUGUAAGUUGGCUUUAGGUACUGAUAUGAAAACGACUAGUCACAGCUUUGUACGAAAACACUUCCCGUAACAGAUGGUUGAUGUUUGGGUUCAAACGAUUUUGAACUGAUAAGCACACCGAUGGUGAACAAGCACAGUGUGUUUCUGCCUGCGAGACUGAGUCUGGCCACCAGUAUUAUUAUUAUUAUUAUUAUUAUUAUUAUUAUUGGACAAGAAGAAGAAGAGCUUAGGCAGGCCUGACAAUCUCAAUCGUCAAGUGUCUGAUGAUUUUCAUGCCAGUUCCUGAUGCAGUACGACAUGCUGAGGGCUGUUUGUCAGCAACGUUUCUUUUAUAGUAGCUGUACAAAUAAAACUAAAAUCUGUCUGA